AUGGAGUUCUUGUCCAAAAUAUGUACAAUCACUGACCUUGUGGCUGGUGAAAUAGUCCUGGUGGCCAAAAGAUACAAGAACAUCUAUGUUGUUGAUUUCAAAUCCUUACAGAGUGGUGAUCUUAGUUGUCUGAAGGUUGUUGACGAUGAUGCUGAACUAUGGCACAGAAGACUGGGCCAUUCAAGCUUCUCCCUUCUGAACAAACUAAUUCAGAAGGACUUGGUCCAUGGUUUGCCUAUGUCACAAUUCAAAACUCAAAAGGUCUGCGAUGCAUGUGCCAGAGAAAAACAUGUAAAGUCCUCCUUUAAGUCAAAAAGAUAUGCGAGCACCUUAAAACUGCUUGAGCUCUUGCAUAUGGAUCUGUGUGGACCUAUGAGGGUGCAAAGUAGAGGAUGA